GUCGCGAUGGGGGGCCCGGAGCGCAGCACACCGCUGGAGAGCGCCGCGACGAGGCCGCCUCCCGUGCGGGGCAGCGGCGGCGGCCGCAGGCGUGCGACGGGCUUCUUCUUCGGCGUGGUCCUGCUGCUGCAGUGCACGGUGCGCGGCCAGGAGGCGCCCGAGUGCCCGCGGCCGUGCGAGUGCCCCGCCGAGCCGCCCGCCUGCGCCCCCGGCGUGCCGACGGUGUUGGACGGCUGCUCGUGUUGCCUGCUGUGCGCCCGGCAGCGCGGCGAAGCCUGCUCGGAGCGGCUGCCCUGCCAGGAGAGCCGAGGCCUCUACUGCGAUCGCAGCGCGGGGACCGAGGCCGAGCUGGGCGUGUGCAUGGACCUGGAUGGAGACAAUUGCGUGUUUGACGGGAUUAUUUACCGGAGUGGCGAGACGUUCCAGCCCAACUGUAAAUACCACUGUACAUGCAGGGACGGACAGAUAGGCUGUGUACCACGCUGUAACCUUGACCUCUUGCUCCCUGGCCCGGAAUGCCCCUUCCCAAGGAAAAUCGAAGUCCCCCUGGAGUGCUGCGAGAGGUGGGCUUGCGACUCUAAAGAAGACGUGGACUUGGGAGGCUUUGUGAUGGCAGCAUACAGGCCAGAAACCACACUUGGCAGUGAUGGGUCUGAUUCGGGCUCCAACUGCAUCGAGCAGACGACGGAAUGGAGCGCCUGUUCCACGACUUGCGGAAUGGGCCUCUCCACUCGCGUCACCAACAAGAACCCAGCGUGCGAGAUGGUGAAGCAGACCAGACUCUGCGAGGUGCGGCCCUGUGAACGUGGCCUGCUGCUGGAGAAGAAGGGGAAGAAGUGCAUCCGAACCAAGAAAUCCCUAACAGCCGUUCGCUUGGAGUACAAGAAUUGCACUAGCAUCCAGAUGUAUAAACCCCGUUACUGUGGCGUCUGCAAUGAUGGACGAUGUUGCACUCCUCAUAGCACUAGAACCAUCCAUGUUGAGUUCCGCUGCCCCCAAGGAAGCACAGUCAAGCAUCCCGUGAUGUUGAUCACCACCUGUGUUUGUCACAAUAAUUGUCCUCAGGAUGACAACGCUUUCUUCAGGAAGCUCCACUGAAAAGAGCCAAACAAAAAUAUGAACUUCACAAUGACUUCCAUGGAAGGGUGGGGAUAUUUAAAUAAGAAAAGUUAAGGUUUUAUAUAAUGAAUGUGUUGGACACACCCAAGGAGGGGUAACGUCUCUCAUUUCCUUCUAAUUAUCAGUUCUUGUUUUACGGGGAGGGGGGAGGGACUGUACAUUGACCUAAUUUCAUUUCAUUAUCCCUCUGGUAAUGACCCAGUUCAGUGCCCGUGGAGUUCCUUGAAUUCAUCUCUCACUCAUGUAGAGCCAUCUGCCUAAAUAAACAUAUUAGGGGGGGGGGCGUAGCAACUCGAUGUGGGUUUUAUCGAAUAAGGAAUUCCUAGAAACUGCAGGCACUGAAAGUUCUUGUUCCUUCAUGUGCUCGCUUGUUUCUAGUCCGAUUUGCACAUUCUUUUUUUUCUGAACAAAUUGUUUUGUAAAUGCCACAGGCAGGCUGUUUUUGUUCUUUCUGCCUUCUCGUCUCGCUGUUUAACUACAACUAGAAGUGGAGCACGGCACGUGGGUGUGAAGUGACAAGACCACCCUCUUUAAGUCUGGUGUAACCAAGUUAGGCAAGAUUACUCGGUAUCUCAUUCUUCAGGGUAGAAUGCCAAAGGUCAUUCCCAGAAAGGACAAAACUGCACGAGCAGUCUCCGUAGUGUGAAAGUGACAGAAUUAUAGCUGACAGCCAGACACUUACCCCUUUUGCCAUUUCCUUCUCUAGGCAGCAGCUAUCCAUAUAGACCGGUAUCUUGCUCCCACCUAUUUUGCCUUACUCCUCCUCUGCUGGCUAUAAGUAGUCUCCAAGAUGGCUCCAGUGUUCUAGAGCAGAUGGUAAGGUUCACGUGUGGUGACAUUUUGAAGACAUUUCUAUCACUGGGGAGAAGGUGGUGGCAGUGAGAUCCUGUAAUGUCCCUUCAUCCUCUACUUUGCCUCAGGUCAGAUCCGAAAGUUUGAGGGCAACCCAAGAUACAGUAACUUUUUUCAAUCCAUCUUGGCCCAUUGAACUGUUUUCGCAUAUGCUUCAUGGCAUCUUGACCGUGUUCAAAAUUAGGUCAAAAUGGGAGCUGGAAAAUCCCCAAAUGCGCUGUAACAGCGCACUGAAAUUGACUCGUGCAGACUUGUCCUGUGAAUUGAGCUCCUCCUGUUGAGCUUCCCGAGUUGUGAAUAUUCUAGAUCGUGGGUAUUUCAGCUAAAACUUGGAAGCCAAUGCCCCAGUUGCCCAACUAGCAGUAGUCAUUUUGCAUUGAACUGCGAGGCCUGCGAUUGGUCUGUGUCAUGGGUGAGAAAGCAAACUUGUAAAUCUCUUCAGUGUAGGUCUUUGUUUUAUAGAAACAGCAAUGUAAAUAAGAAAGCAUACAUAAUCUUAUUUUUCUCAGAGUGCAAGCGUUACUGAUUAAAGAUUUCCUCUUGUGACUUAAGCCCAGCUGUGAACAAGACGGAGGAGUCUUUACUGUUCAUUCUUAAUCUGGAAAAAAAGCCAGGUUGGGCCACUGCAGUCCUUUGUAUUAUUGACUCUCAGGCUGCUGAGCAGAUGGCAGAGGCAUUUAUUCAUUUAGGCUGCAGUCCUAAGCAUGCAUACUGGAAAGCAGAUACAAAAUUUCCUUUCUUGCAAAUACAGCUGUGUGCAUCAAGUUACCAUUCUUUGAAAUUGGAACAUUUGUACGUCAUUUUGCCUCCGGUAGCCAUUGGGGACAUAGGGCUACUAGAAGGGGAGUGGGUAAUAAAGUUACUGGCACCAAUGGGAUCCUGAAGCUAGUGGUACUUCGAGAGUAGAUCUUUAUUGAUUCACAAUGGACUUGGGGAUGACUGCUCUUGGGAUCUGGGAAGAAGAGUGCUCAAGGAAGUCAGAGUGGUGUAGUGGUUAGCAUGUUGGACUAGGAUAAAAUCCACCCCCCUCUGCCAAGGCCAGUGGGCCAGUCACACAUUCUCCAAUCUAAUCUACUUUACAGGGUUGCAGUGAGAAUAAAAUGGAGAUGAGAGUGAUGUAAACCAAUUUGGAUCCCUGUCGGGGAUAAAAAGGGGCAUAAUUGAAGUAAAUACAUUAAAUAAAUCAUUCUUACUUGUAGGAGGCUCUGAGAGAUCCUCUUCUAAUACUUGUGUGGGAAUUAGUACCCCAGUUCUCAGAUACUGUGGAUCUGAGACUCUGUCUUUACCUGUGCUGGAUUGAAGAGAGUAAGUUUAAUGGGUGGAACUUGCUGAUCUGCCCUGUUCAACCUGGCCAAGAGGCCUAUUCAUGAACAGCUGCCUAAGACAUUUUAUGCUUUUUAGAGGUGUACACCUUGCCUCUAUGGCCUUAGGG